AUGGAUUCCUCUAUAUGUAUAAUUGAACCUUAUUAAAAUACUGACAACAAUAUUUGGAGUUAAAUUUUAGAAUCUGAUCAAUUUUCAUUUAAUAAAGAUGAAAGCUCAUCAUUUUAAUAAGAUGUUUUUGAAGGCUAAGAAAACUUAGUACUGUUAUUUGAUGGUUAUGAUGAAUUGAAGUAAAAAUAUAGAGAUAAGAAUUUAAAUAUAAUAUCAUCUAAUUAACUUUUCAAGCCUCAACUAGGCAAAAAUGUCAAAGUAAUCUAUACAUCAAGAAUAGAAACACUAAAUUAUGAAAAAUAUACUUAAUCAUUUUUAGGAAAUAAUGAGAAAACUUUUACUUAAGCUGAAAUAAUCUGUUUUGAAGAAUCAUAAAUAGACUAAUAUCUUGAAUAAUAUUGUAUUUAAAUUAUUAGAUAAAAAUUGUAUUGUAACUCUGAUAAGUUUAUACAAAAUUCUUAAAAUAAAAAUUCUAUAAUUUCUAUUAAUAAUUUCAAGGAAAUUUGGGAGAUUUUUUUGUUAGAAGAUAUUUAAAAACUUCUAAAGUGUCCAGAAUAAAAUAAAUCUAAAUAGAUUAUAACUGAUGAGCUCUUAUCAAAUUUGUUUUAUAAGUUGUAAAGGAUAUUAGAAUGUGAAGAUAUAUCAUUUCAAGAUUAAUAAGAAUUUAGGGAUGAUUUUAAAACAAUUUAGAGUCCAAGUUAGAUAAUGAAAUAAAUAGCAAAUAAUUAAAUUUAAAAUUUGAUUUAAACCCCUUAAAGUUUUAAAAUCAUUUUAUCUGUCUUAUAAAAUAUAGAUAAAUUGCUUAUUAACAAAAAAACUCGGUUUGACAGAUUUCGUCUAAGACUAUAAAAAUUAAAAACUUAAGAAAUCAAAUCAAAUAAAAUGGAUUAAUAAAUUGAUGAUUAUGAGUAUGUUCAAAAUUUAAUGAAAAUAUUAGAAGAUAUAAAUUUUUUUGAUGAUUUUUCAGUAGAAUUAUUAAAUAAUUAAGUAACUUAGCUUUCAAACUAAGAUAAAGAUAUAAUUAAAAAGGCUGUAGGAUAAUCAAAUUUUACAUUAUACUAAUUUUAUAAAUUAUAUGUAGCUCAAUAUCAUGAAUGGGAAAUAGAUAAGGUAAAAAAUUCUGAAUAAGAUUUCAAAAGGCAGUUAUAUGAAUUUCAAAUGAGGUUUGCUGUAUUUAUGAGUAGUUAUGGAUUAACUAAUUUUCCAUAAAAAAAGCUUAAAAAAGAAGGUAAAACACAUUUUAAAUUUAAAUAUGAUUAUUUUGAUAAGAAAAAAGAUUUCUUUAGAUGUGCUUUAAUUAAGCUUGAAAAUAGUUGCUAUUUUUUUUUGCAUAAAUAAAUUCAAGAGUUUUUUGUAGGAAAAUAUAUUUUGAGACUUAUUAAAGAUUUUUAAAGUGCUUUUUAAAAUAGACCAGUUGAAAAAAAUAUCGAAACGAGUUCAUUUAAUUAAGAUGAGUUUAAUUUAUCAUUUUCUAAAUUUAAUGGAGAAUUAAAUAUGAUAAAAGUGGAGUUAGAGAAUUAUGAUGAUAUUAAGUAAACUUUGAUAAAGAUAUUAAAGCUUUCAACUAAUAAUAAUUUUAGUAGAGCUGCAUCUAAUAGCAUUUUUAUGAUUAAUUAUUUAGGAAUGGAACUGGAGAAGAUCUAAAAGGAAUUUAAUUAUAAGAUACUAAUAUUUCUGGCUUAAAUUUUUUUGGUAGUAUUUUAGAUAAAUCAAAAUUUGAAAAUGUUUAAAUAUUUAAUUGCAAUUUUAACAAUGCAAGCUUAAAAUUAGUAGAAUGGACGAAAAUACCUAAGAAUAAUGUUGAAAUUUUUAAAUCUAAAAGUAGUGAAAUUAUAGAAGGAAUUAGAUUUUCACCAAAUAAUAAAAUCCUUGUUUCUUGGGAUAGUAAAACAGUUUAUAUAUGGAAUUUAUAAACUAAAAAAAUAAAAAAGGAAUUAAAUAUUUAAAAGCUUGAAAGUUGUAUUUUCUCGUCUGAUUCUAGUAAAAUUUUAUUAUUCUCUCAAGAUAUUCUUUCAAUUUAUCUAAUUGAUGAAGAAGAUAUAAAAUUAUUAAUGUCUGCACCUUAGUACUUAAAUUUUCCAUUUAGUUUUUAUAAUAAUUAGGAUACAAUUAUUUCUUUUAAUUAUUAAUACAAUCAUUUUUAAGUAUUAGAUUUAAGAAAUCAGUCUAAGUAAAAAUCUGAAUGGUUUUAAUAAAUCAUCUUAGAUAAAAAAGACUUUCCGUUAACAUCUUUUAAUCUUUUUUGGAACAAUGAAGUACUAUUAGGAACUGAAGAUGGAUCAAUAUUUUAAUGGGAUAUUUUGGGAAAAUCUAUAAAGCCACUUUUCAAAAAUGUUCAUAAAAGUUAGAUAAUUUAAAUUUAAGGCUAUUUUUCAUUAUAAAAAUUUAGAAACUCUUCAUCUGGAACUUUAAAAGUAAUAAAAACUGACCCCAAUUAUUUUAAAACUGAAUACAAUAAUCAUAAUGAUGUUGUUGAGCUUUUUUUUAUUAUAUUAACAGUUAGGAUCAAGUAAUUAUAUAUUCGACGUGGAAAAGAUCAUCUUAUAAAUCACCUUAUAAGGAAAUUAAAUCAUUACCUUCUUUAAAGGUCAAUGGUUAAUUACCAAGAUAUUAUUUUAGUUAAAAUUCUAGUGAUUUAAUAUUGUUCAAAAAAGAUCACAUAAUAUUUUAUGAUUAACUAAAAAUUACUAGUCUUAAAGAAGACAAAAUAUUUAUAAAUUGUAAUUGUUUAACAGAAAUAACAAUUUAAUAAUACAAAAAACCAGAAUUAAAUACAGAUUUUUUGCAUAUUUUAAUUGCUAAAGAUAAUUGUAUUGAAUUUUAUAAAAUAAAUGGAGACCAAAAGAUGAUAGAUAGAAUUCCUUUAGAUAAUUUUAAACCUAUAUCUAUUUAAUUCUGUUUGUCUAAUUGUAUUAUAAGUUACAAUCAAGAUGAAACUAUUAGAUUUUGGUAUAUGGAAAUAGAUUCUUCAAUAAAAUUCAANAGUUUAUAUAUGGAAUUUAUAAACUAAAAAAAUAAAAAAGGAAUUAAAUAUUUAAAAGCUUGA